AUGCUGAGGCACGUCACCGCUUUUGCAGAUGUCCUACGAGACCACCAUGCAGUUUUUGUCCACAGCAUGCAAGGAAGACUUGCUCGACAACAUGGUUUCGCCUGCAAGUGCCAUUGUUCUUGGACAGCCUCCAGCGGUUGGCACAGGUGUAGUCAAUCUCUUGGUCGAUUUGGAUCCACCAGCACAGCCCUCAGAGCAGUCCAAGUUUUAUAG